AUGAAUAAUCCAGGUUCUAUGAUGAUAGGAUGGAUCGCUCUAAUUGCAGCUGGCGGCGGAGCAUACUACCUAGCAAAAAAAGAAAUCGAUUCACGGAGACGUGCACAAGAACUCGCAAGAAUUAGGCCCACCGAAAAAUUAGAAUGGUGGCAAAAAGUUCAACAAUAUGAUCAGGCGACAGCUAAUCAAACAUCAUCAUCUUCGUCGUCGAGUGGGUCUAAUAAUAGGAACACACCACCUUAA